AUGGCAGUGCGAGUGUUUCACAACUUUGCAGCAGAAGAUGAUGUACAAUACAAACUCGGGGUUGCGAGCGUAGAUUCAAUACCAUCGGUCCAAGCACAUUUUGCGUCUAAGAUAGUUUUCGCAUUUGUUAUUGCAUUAGCUGUAAUUUUCAUCAAUUCAGUAGAAGCAGCUCCUCCGGUGAACAAGAGCAGACCAUUUGAUGACUACACUUCCUCGUGCUUUUUCCAAGGAAAACUCUCUUUGUACAGCAAGAAGUACAACAUACUGGAGGAUUUUUGUGUAAAUUUUUAUGGAAAAUUGGAAUUCGACGCCGAUAUGACAACAGUUCAACUUCAAGAUAUUGUCUCUUUGCACGGAUGUCUAAUAAUGCGCAAAACUAAAAUCAGUUAUGCAAAUUUCCGUCAACUCAAAGAACUGACUUCAGACCCAGAACUUUGCGAAUACAAUGGACUUCUGAUCUAUGAUAAUCCGUCACUCAACAAAAUCGAAUUCAACUCGGAUUUCAAACCUGAUCCCAAUGAUAUUUUUAUACGGAAGAACCCGCGCCUGAAACAAAAUGGAAUCAUCGAUGCGAAAUUCCAAGUAGAUAUUGGUACAUCUAAAACAGAGUGUUUUGUCGGUCAGGCAACCCCGAAUGCAAACUGCAAAACAUUGAUCGGAGAUGUCUCAAUCAAGGACUUAAACCGUAUCGGACGAAGUCGCAUAAGAAGUGUAGCGGGAAAGGUCAUAGUUAAAAAAACCGACGUUGAGAAUGUGGAAGCUUUGAGGCGACUGAAAAUUGUUGGAUGGGGAUCACCAGCUCUGAUUAUAUCGGAAAACGCGGAUCUUGUCGACAUCAGUGCGUUGCCAACCACAGAGAUUACAGGGAAAUAUCCCACCAUUACGAUAAAAAAUAAUCCUAAACUUUGCGACAACAUCGUAAAUAGGAAUGAAAUUAGGAAAUGGUUGUCGGAGAAUCGUGUUCCUUCUAUAAAGAUCGGCACAUAUUGUUUGAAAUCAUGCAAUGCUGGGGAAAUGUCGGAGGAUUUCCUGCUGAACCUUGAUAAACACUGUAACGUUCUUAAUGGAGACCUCAUCAUCCACAAUUUCGAAGAUCUGCCGCGCAAUAUUGGAAAACUGGAACAAUUGGAACAAGUUAACGGACGAGUUCUUAUCACGGACAACUCUAAUCUUCAGGAAUUGACUUUUCUCAAGAAUAUCAAAAGAAUCGAAAAUCCUGCUCAAGACACGUACCCCUACAGUUUAAUGAUUUAUGGUAACAGCGGUCUGAGUAAAAUAGAAUUCUGCAAAGAUUUCAAACCUAAGCGACACGAAAUUUUCAUCAGGUUAAAUCCAAAGCUAACAAUUAAUGACAUUAUGAACGCCAAUUUUAAUGUCGAUAUCGGCACUAAAGAAGGUGGUCUAUUCGUAUACGGCAUAGUAGAUUAUGAAGAGUGGGGUGAUUCCGUCCAUUCCUUCCUUAUUGCCGUGAAAAACGGCCCGAAAGAUGCGGCGUGUGCACAAGGCUGGCGCGCUCCAGUCGAACUCGUUGUAGGAAAUGAAAUUUCCGAUGAAAUUACUGAACACUCGUAUAAAUCACCGUAUCCUAAUUACUUUGCAUAUUUUUCAGCAAGCUUAGAUUGUUUUUUCAAUCUCGCACACAAAUUAGCGGAUUGCACAACGUUGAUUGGGGAUGUGAAUUAUGAAGAGUUGCCGUUUGAUAUAUGGGAACGUGUAGGGAAGAUAGAAGGUACCCUUACUAUUACGGAUACUAAAGUUGAGAAUUUGGAUUUUCUACGCGGUCUAUCUAUUGUUGGAUGGAGGAUACCAGCUUUUGUUAUUUCUCAUAAUUUGAAGCUUAUUGAUAUUGGUGCAUUGAUGACCGUAGACGUGAGAUCAUCUCCGCCUGUCCUUGUCAUGGAGGAUAAUCCUAAUAUUUGUCAUAAUAUUGGUGAAAGAAGAGAGCUUGAGAAGUUCCUUAAAAAAAUUAGAGUUUCUGUGCCGUUCAGUCAAGAUUGCCUGAUAUCGUGUGCUGGAGGGAAAGUUGAUGAUAAAUUUUUGGAACAUCUUGACAAACGCUGUAAUGUUAUUGACGGGAAUUUAGUUAUUAAUGGAAUGACAAAGCUACCUAGUAAUAUAAAAAAAUUAGAGCAAGUGGAGAUUAUUAAUGGGCGUCUUUUUGUCACAAACAAUCCGGCAGUGGAAAACCUACUAUUUCUUAGGAAUUUGAGAGAAAUAAACAAUCCCGAGCUUUAUGAACCUGGUCUAGUUGUCAAAAACAACAGGAUGACUAAAAUAAGCGGACUUCUAUCGUUAGAAAAGGUAACCGGUGGCCAAGCAACAGCGAUCACCACCUUUACAGUGUUUACGUCUACAAUGUCGAAAUUGCAAGUUUCAACGACAAAGGGGAGAAAGAGCACUAGAACGAAGGGUAGGAUUCAAGAGACGACAACGAUUGUGAUUCAGAAACCAGAAACUACCAUCAAUGACGAAGAGUCUCUCCCUAAUAAGGAGCUGGUAAGCGAUUCUCAAAAAGAAACUGAGCGCUCGGAAACAAACAACAAACGUAUUUGGAUUGUGUUAAUCAUUUUGUUGUUGGUGUUGUUGUGGGUUGCCGUGAUCAUCGUAGUGAUUAUUGUAAAGAAGAAGAGGAGAGGAAAAGGGCACAUAAAAGAUCCUGCUAGAAAACAUGAACGUUCAAUAAGAGUAGUCGAUAUCGAGAAAAAUCAAAACAUGAAUGACAAGAAACACCCGGAAACUGGUGAUUCUAAGAGGAUCAGUUUGAAAAACCAAAACGCGGAUGACAAGAAACACACGGGAACUGGCGAUUCUAAGGUCAUGAACCCAGCACCGGAGUAG